AUGGCGCUGAGAUGGAUAUUUCUGAGCUGCUGGGGCCAGGCUCAUGCCUCCUGCGCGGGGACUGCGCGCAUCCCGGCGGAGACGUGGCAGGCCGCGUUGUCGCUGUGUCGGAGUGCCGAGCAGUUGCCGUUCAGUGCCGCCACCUGGCUGGAGUGGAGCAGGGCUUGGCGACCCGUGGCCCUGGAGGUGGCGGGAGACUUUGAACAAAGCAUGGGCGACUGCCCGGAGGGCUCGGUGGCAGCUGUGGCCCACGGUCUGCUCGCGCUGGAUGAGGCAGAUGGCCACUCCACCGUGCUGGAGAUCAUCAAGAUGAUGUACCACAUGCUCAGCAGCCGCGAGCUUCCUGCAGCUGCGCUGGAGCCUUCCGAAUGGCAGCAGCACUGGCUGAUGGCGGUCUCGUCGAUGCUGCGUUUCACGUAUCUCAAGUGGGUGAAUAUGCCCCAGGACAAGGACCUCCCAGCUGAUGUGGACCAGGCGGCGUCCCUGAGUCCUGCGAUCCUGCGGCCGCACCACGACUUCCUGUUCAGGAACUUCGUAGACAAGUUCGUGGCCAGUGGCGUGCGCGCGCACCUGACAACUCAGUUUGCAAGUGUCAGCUCAGCACCGAGGUGUGCCGUUUUCCUGUGGACAAGUGACGGCGUCGAGCAGCAUUGGCUUGCAGUGAGAGCAGUAUGA